AUGAGGGCAUUUUUGGGAUUGAUCAUUUUGGCGGCACUGACAGUUGAAAUUACCUCGGCGAUUACAUACAAUGUUGGAGGAUCUACCGGCGGCUGGGACUCCACCACCAACUUGCAAGCCUGGGCUAUGUCUCAAACCUUCCUUGUUGGAGACAACUUGGCUUUUCAAUACGCACCAAUGCACGAUGUGGUAGAAGUGAUAAAAUCAGACUACGAUUCUUGCCAAACCACAAAUGUCAUUCAGUCAUACACUGGAGGAGCCACCAUUGUUCCAUUAUCUUCUCCCGGAAAGAAGUACUUCAUUUGCGGGACCCCAGGACAUUGCACUCAAGGCAUGAAGCUCCAAAUCGACACUCUAGCGGCGGCCGCCACCCCAGCACUACUUCCACCACCUGCUUCCGUCCUACCACCAAUAUCGCCGCAGCAGCCGCAGAAUGACCUAUUUCCUAACUCCCCUGCACCAUCUCCGGCUGGUAGUUUCCCUAAUUCUGCCAUGUCACCAGAAGAAGCUUCUUUUCCUCCUCCCACCGGUACGCUGCCUCUUUCUCCUUCUGGAGCCGCCGGGAAAGUGAUUAUUGAUGUUACUGGAUUCGCCAUGGUGUCUGGUUUAAUGACAUUGCUCGUUGUUGCUUUUUGA